AUGGCGACGUUGAGGCCGCUGACUGUGGAGGAUGUGUUGAGGGUGAACGGCAGCCGCCGCUUUGCUGCUGCACUGGCCGCUGCCUCCCCCUUCGAUUCUCUCGCGAACACACUCCUCACCGCCCGCCGCAUCUGGCUCAACGAGGUAGACGUGACUGGAUGGCUGGAGGCCUUCGCUGCCCACCCGCCCAUUGGAACCACCUCCUCAUCCGUCUCCAAGUCGUGGAGCAAGGAAGAGCAAUCAGCUGCGCUUUCCACAGCCACUGAUUCGACCGCGCAGGAGUUGUCCGAGUGGAAUGCCAAAUACAGGGAGAAGUUUGGGUUUGUGUUCAUGAUAUGCGCGUCUGGGAGGACUGCCCCUGAGGUCUUAGCUGAGCUUAAGAGGCGUUAUGCAAAUAGGCCAAUUGUUGAGCUUGAGGCUGCGGCAGAGGAAGAACUGAAGAUAACUGAGCUGCGUCUUGCAAAGCUUUUCUCAGCAGAAACUGCUGCUCCCCCUACUUCAGGUGAAAAUCAUAUUAGCCAACCGGAUAAAGCAGCAGAUCGGAUGCGGAUUAUUGGUGCACACCUUGGAGCUCUUUCCCAGCAUUCUGCCAAUAAAGCUCCUGAAAUUACAGGUAGCUCCAACCGGACACGCCCUCCUAUCACAACCCAUGUGCUGGACACGGCUCUUGGAUCGCCAGCAGCUGGAAUUGAAGUUCACCUGGAGAUGUGGAAGGACGCGUCAAGUCCCCCGUCAUUUGACAACAAAGAAUUCAAGGGAUGGACAACCCUAGGCACUUCGAUAACAAACAAUGAUGGACGCAGCGGUCAGCUGAUGGACAUCGUUGACAAUGUCGCCCCUGGUUUCUACCGCAUAAGUUUCAAUACCUCCAAGUAUGCACCGUCAGGGUUCUUCCCUUACGUGAGCAUCAUAUUUGAGAUAAAAAGAAGCCAGACGACCGAGCAUUUCCAUGUUCCUCUUUUGCAUUCUCCCUUUUCCUUUACCACUUACCGUGGCAGCUAA